GUUUAUACCAGCCCUGGCAAGGACUACAUCAUGGCGUACAUACCGGUUGAUGAAUUACCUAAUUUGGCGGCAAUGAAUAUAGAAGUGAUUCCAGUACCUAAUUACCAAAAUCCAUAUCUGUACGAUCCAUGGUACUAUCAACGCAUGAUGAUGGGUAGCUGGUCUUCGUAUCCUCGGACAACUGGCUCUGUUCAUUUUGGAGGGCAAGUAGAGGGGAGAGGAGGAGUCAGCAUCAGAGGGGACUUUGGAAACAAUGGAUAUAACAAAGUGACUUCCUACUCCGCAUCAUCUACACCAGUUGUUGUCACACCCGAACCAACUUUGCCAGACUCAGAUUGGCCAAUCGACUCAAUACUGCCAAACAUAAACUUGCCAAAAGUAACAUCGUUGCCAGAAAUCGCCUACCCAUCUAUAAAAAGCGACAAAAGCGACAUGCCAUUGCCAGUGCCAAAAAUCAGAAUGCCAGACAACUCUUUGCCAAUUAUAAUGGCAUUGUCGAAACUUACGGAGGAGAGUUUUAUUGAAAUUCGUAAUUUAGGGUAUUGUAGUAAUGAUGAUGACGAUGAAAAUGAAGAUGAAGAACCUGGUCCUGUGGUAUUUGGCGGUAAAGUGCCAGCUUCUGGCAGAAUUAGGAUCAGUGCUAAUUUUUAGCCAACGUUAAACAGAGGAGGUUUUCAAGCUAAAAUAAAUAGAAAGGA